UCGCGAUUGGGUGCUGGGACCGGGUACGUCAGUGGGACUGUGACGUGCAGUCUUCCUGUUUCCUUCAGCUGUGUCUUAAAGUAAAUCUUGUUGUGGAGCAGAGCCCUCAGCUGAGAGAGCGCUGGGAAAGCGACGGCCACCGCAGCCGGGGAAGCCGCGCGGCGCACACAAGCCUCUCCGCCGCGCCCGCUGCGCCUCGGGCCACCGCUCCGCGCUCCAGCCCUCGCCGCCUUCUCCGCUCUCUCUCCCCUUCUUUCCCCGGGCUCCCGGCUCUGCCCUCGCGCCUCUCCCCUCCCCUCCCUCCUUUCUCCCCUCGCCUCUCAGCACUCGCCCAGAUCACUCGCUCCCGCACAGACUCACCGACCCCUGGGCCAGUUAUCACCAGUAAGACAUCACCGCGUGCGCGCGUGGGUUUCUUCUCUGCCCGCAAGAGAAGAAGAGAGGGAGAGAGAGAAAAAAAGAAAGAGAGAGAGAGAAAGAGAGUGAGAGUGGCUGCGCCCCGCUGCUGCCCGCACCGCGGUCCCGGGAUUCUUGAGCUGUGCCCAGCUGACGAGCUUUUGAAGAUGGCACAAUAACUGUCCAGUGAUGCCUGACCAUGACAGCACAGCCCUCUUAAGCCGGCAAACCAAGAGGAGAAGGGUUGACAUUGGAGUGAAAAGGACGGUAGGGACAGCAUCUGCAUUUUUUGCUAAGGCAAGGGCAACAUUUUUCAGUGCCAUGAAUCCCCAAGGUUCAGAGCAGGAUGUUGAAUAUUCUGUGGUGCAACACGCAGAUGGGGAAAAGUCGAACGUACUCCGCAAGCUGCUGAAGAGGGCGAACUCGUAUGAAGAUGCCAUGAUGCCUUUUCCAGGAGCAACUAUAAUUUCCCAGCUGUUGAAAAAUAACAUGAACAAAAACGGUGGCACCGAGCCCAGUUUCCAAGCCAGCGGACUCUCUAGCACAGGCUCCGAAGUACAUCAGGAGGAUAUAUGUAGCAACUCUUCAAGAGACAGCCCCCCAGAGUGUCUUUCCCCUUUUGGCAGGCCUACUAUGAGCCAGUUUGAUGUGGAUCGCUUAUGUGAUGAGCACCUGAGAGCAAAGCGCGCCCGGGUUGAGAAUAUCAUUCGGGGUAUGAGCCAUUCCCCCAGUGUGGCAUUAAGGGGCAAUGAAAACGAAAGAGAGAUGGCCCCGCAGUCUGUGAGUCCCCGAGAAAGUUACAGAGAAAACAAACGCAAGCAGAAGCUGCCCCAGCAGCAGCAACAGAGUUUCCAGCAGCUGGUUUCAGCCCGAAAAGAACAGAAGCGAGAGGAGCGCCGACAGCUGAAACAGCAGCUGGAAGACAUGCAGAAGCAGCUGCGCCAGCUGCAGGAGAAGUUCUACCAGGUCUAUGACAGCACAGACUCUGAAAAUGAUGAAGAUGGCGACCUGUCUGAAGACAGCAUGCGCUCAGAGAUCCUGGAUGCACGGGCCCAGGACUCGGUGGGGCGCUCAGACAAUGAGAUGUGUGAGCUGGACCCAGGGCAGUUCAUCGACAGAGCCCGAGCCCUAAUCAGGGAGCAGGAGAUGGCUGAGAACAAGCCUAAGCGAGAAGGCAGCAACAAAGAAAGGGACCACGGGCCAAACUCCUUGCAGCCAGAAGGCAAGCAUCUGGCAGAGACCUUAAAACAGGAGCUGAACACGGCCAUGUCACAGGUUGUGGACACAGUGGUCAAAGUCUUCUCAACCAAACCCUCUCGCCAGGUCCCUCAGGUCUUCCCGCCUCUCCAGAUCCCCCAGGCCAGAUUCGCAGUCAAUGGGGAAAACCACAAUUUCCACACGGCCAACCAGCGCCUGCAAUGCUUUGGUGAUGUCAUCAUUCCGAACCCCUUGGACACCUUUGGCAAUGUGCAGAUGCCUAGUUCUACAGACCAGACAGAAGCCCUUCCCCUGGUGGUCCGCAAAAACUCAUCUGAGCAAUCUGCCUCUGGCCCGGCCACGGGUGGCCACCACCAGCCCCUGCACCAGUCGCCCCUCUCUGCCACCGCAGGCUUCACCACCCCUAGCUUCCGCCAUCCCUUUCCCCUGCCCUUGAUGGCUUACCCAUUUCAGAGUCCACUAGGUGCUCCCUCCGGCUCCUUCUCGGGAAAAGACAGAGCCUCGCCCGAGUCCUUAGACUUGACUCGGGACACAACGAGUCUGAGGACCAAGAUGUCAUCCCACCAUCUGAGCCACCACCCCUGUUCACCAGCACACCCACCAAGCACUGCAGAAGGACUCUCUUUGUCCCUCAUAAAGUCCGAGUGUGGAGAUCUUCAAGAUAUGUCCGACAUCUCACCUUAUUCGGGAAGCGCAAUGCAGGAAGGGCUAUCACCCAAUCACUUGAAAAAGGCGAAGCUCAUGUUCUUUUACACCCGCUACCCCAGCUCCAACAUGCUGAAGACCUACUUCUCGGAUGUGAAGUUCAACAGAUGCAUUACCUCCCAGCUCAUCAAGUGGUUCAGCAAUUUCCGUGAGUUUUACUAUAUUCAGAUGGAGAAGUAUGCGCGUCAAGCCAUCAAUGAUGGAGUCACCAGCACAGAGGAACUGUCCAUCACCAGGGAUUGUGAGCUGUACCGAGCCCUCAACAUGCACUAUAACAAAGCAAAUGACUUUGAGCAGGUUCCAGAGAGAUUCCUGGAAGUUGCGCAGAUCACGUUACGGGAGUUUUUCAAUGCCAUCAUCGCGGGCAAAGAUGUUGAUCCUUCCUGGAAGAAGGCCAUUUACAAGGUCAUCUGCAAGCUGGAUAGUGAAGUUCCUGAGAUUUUCAAAUCCCCUAACUGCCUACAAGAACUCCUUCAUGAGUAGAGAUUGCAACGCUCUUUUGAAUGUAUGGAUAGAAGUCCCCCUUGGAUGUCCAGCUUCUCUGUGUCUAGAUUUUGGUUUUAUAUAUUUGUGUGUGGGAGGCAUGGAUAUGUUGUGAUGUCAGCUGGUGGGUCCUGCUCAUCCUCCUUGAGUUCCUUUUCUUUUCCUUCAUCACAAGGGGAUGGGUCUUUUCCUUUAGUUUACUUUUGCCCAAGGCCUUUAAUAUUUGGAGACUUAAGGCAGGGUUGGUUUUCAGGAGAAGGGAAUGUCAGCCUGUGUAAAGUGCAUGUGAGCUAUGGAGUGAGCCAGUGACUGUGACACAGCUCACGUGCAUACCCCGUGCUGUGUCUCCUGUUUCUCUAGGGUUAAGAAGUUCUGGAAGAACCUGAGAAAAACACUUCGCACACUGGAAUACCUUGUUUGAUUUGAGCCCGAUAAGCAACCUUUUCUUAAACAUCUAAACCAGUGCCCUCGGCAGCUGGGCAGCUCACAUCUCAAAAGUAUCCUCCAAGGACAGAUUUUUAGAAAGAUUGCCACCAAGUCCUUUGUAAGAGAAAUGGCAUAAACCCCCAGACCCAAGUUUGUACAAAACCGACUCUCCUGAGAGGAGGCUGGGAACGCACCCAUGCACGCAGGCCAACCUGCUGUCUCUGUGAACUUUAGAACAGGCUGGUGGUGAGAUGUGAGCUUGGCCGUGUGGACUUAGAGGAAACCCUGUGCUUUGUCACUAGUUACUAUUUACUUUGCUUCAGAUAUUAAAAGGCAUGAACUUUCCAAAUGUAUCCUUUGCUUGACUCUCUUUAUAUGCUUAGCAUUGCUGUUGCUGUUUAACUUCUGUCUUCUCCUAAAACACUAAUUUCUGGAUACCUUUCUACAGUAAGGAAUUAAGAAGUCCCACUGACCACGAAACCCUUGCCCUCCCUUUGGAGCACGCUGGCAGCUGCUAGUGGACCUGAUCUUUACUUCCUGUGAGGACAUCACCCAGGAAUGGCUCAUUUGCAUAUGGGUAUGGAGGGUGGCUGUCUGUCUUUUUCCUCUGGGUUAUAAUAUCUUAAAGCAGCUGGCCAUGUCUCUUCUACUACAGAAUCUAAUAUUGACCCACGUGUGUACAGUAGGUUAGUUUGGGGUUACCCAAGAAGACACAACUCCAGCAUACUGAGAAAGCCAGCUUCUCUCUCUCCCACUCUCAGAUGGCUCUUUCCAAACACCCAGGUUUUUGAUGAUGUACCACCUCCUACACUUGCACGCUAACUAUCUCUCAUGCUUGUUAUCUUAGCUGGAUUUUAGUGUACGGGUGCAGUAAACAGCACUGUUCACUCUAAGAGUAUGAUCCAGGCCCCUACUUUCCCUUAGACAAUCUGAUGUGCACACUGUAAAAAAAGACAUGGCAACAGACCCAGUAUUUAAAACAUAAAGGACAGAGAUGCCAUUUCCCCUUAAUUUCUUAAAAAAUAAAAAUCAGCGUUUGACUUUGGAGGACUCAGGUCAGCCCUUGUGACUGUCUAGCUGGCUGCAACGCUGUAAUUCAACAUCAUUUAUAAAUUCUGCUGAUAGGCAGGGAUGUAUGAACACAAUUAUUGUCAGCACAAAGCCUUAAAACCUGCUGACUUCAAGCUAAACUGUGAAGCCCUGCGAGGCCCAGCAUCUUCCGGGAGACCAGAAGGCCCCGGCGAUAUGGACAGAGCAUGGAUUAGCACACUCAACACUGUCCACUCACUGCAGUAGCAUCUCCUCGUGCUCAUGCACCCACUCCUGAAUAGACAAUUGUUAGAGUAUAUUUGUUAUUUUUCUGACUGUCUUUAAAACAAAAAAGCCCAGGUAGUCGAUCAUACCAGUGAGAUAAAUGUUGCAAAGUGAACAGCAGAACCAGGAACCCAAUCAAUACAAAUUAUGGAAGUCUUUGAGAUGCUUCAUUUGAAAACCUGGGGCACUGUGGUUCCUGCAAGGGUCCACUAGGGUCCUGGCUGUUCUGAGUCACAUGCCAAUCAGGUCUCCCCCACGUCACCCUUUGCAAGGUCAAAGGCAAAGCUGCAGUGUCAUCACUUGGGUAGACAGAUAGCUAGGUAUCUUCGUAAUCCGGGGCAAAUGAAUAUUGAUUCUAGACUUAAUUUCGAUUUUUAAAAUAUUGUUUUCCUCUGCCUUUCUGAUUUAAAUAGACAAAUUUAGCAAAAAAAUCAAAACAAAACAAAAAAAAAAAGAAGAAGAAGAAGAAAAAUGUCUUUUCUACUGAAUGUCAGUGCCCAUAGCUACCUAUAUCUUGUCUUGGUGUUCUCUGAGGUUGGAGAUGAUCUCACUCUGCCAGUAUGAGGACAGACAGCUUAAUGACAGAAGCAGGUCUCCACAGCUUUGCACUGAGGCGGCUGCUCCUGGUCAAGUCGCUGGAUCACGCAUCUCCCAGUGAGAAAGUAGAUGGCAGAAGCCCAUCUCUCAAUACUCCUACCAAGCAGUUAGUUCUUAAAUAAAACAAAACCUACCAAAUAAAUAAAUAAGAAUAAAUUAACCUAGUAUUGUUCACAUCUUAAGUCAGCUCUCACGGAGUGAAAACCUCUUUGUGCACGGGAGAAAGUUAAGUUUUCACGGUGGGAACCUGGGGAUCUGUUCUAAAUUCUUUGUUGCAGUUCCACAUGGCCACUUCUUUUAUGCUAACCCUGUAUUAUUUUUGUGUGUACACUCAAGGUGAUAGUCUGUGCCUAGAUCUAAACUACACCAGCGUGGGGAUUUAAAAAAAAAAAAUCCUUCAAAACACCAGUUCUUUCCCCCCACAAGUACAAAUGUUCUUGUGCCUUCUGUGGCUUUCUGUCUCCUUUUCACUUUAUUUCCAAGUACAGCUGCAAUAAACACUAAUUUCUUUUCCUGGCCGUUUGACAUGAUGUUGAUAGCUAUGCAUAUUUUGCGUCUUUUUAAAACAAAGCGGGAGAAUAAUGUUUUUGAAGAAGAGAAAUUUUUAGAACAGUUUGAUACACCGCAAAUUAUUUUUUUUCCUUAAUUGUCUGAGCAGCAUUCGAGUUUUUGAGAUUCUUGUAGAAGCCGAUUUUUUUGUAACUGUGGUGUAGCUCUCGUGUGUUAUUAGCCUAAUGAGAAGCACUAUAGAAGCAAUAUUUCAUACCAUGUGCAAUGUGUGUGCAGAAGUGUGGGCGUGAGCACGCAGGCACACACAUGUAAAAAUAUACAUAUGUAUGCGUGUGAAGUGGAAAGCUUACCUUUUCUUAUCUAGACUUUAAGAACCUAUUUUAGGCAUUUGUUAUGUUUUGUGUAAAGAAUGUUCUAUUUGCAACAACACAACCCUGACUUCUUACCGUCUCUCUGGCAGUUCAAUGGAGGUGUUUUGCAUUAAAUGGUAAAAUUACGUGGAAGAUGUUAGGAUCUAGUAAUUAUUUCAGUGAGCAUUCAUACCAUAUUCCUGAAGUUUGCUUUGUGCCUCUGAGUGUUACUUAAUUGAAGUAUUUUAUGUUUGAAGAAUCCUUGUUACUGUGCUAGGAAUAUGGGUGACUAUCAUUUUAAAAAUAUUUUAAAAACAUUAAAACAAAAAAAAACACUAAAGCAAAGGAGAACUUUUAUAAGGAAAUGUAAAUAUUUCACCUCAUGGCCGUUGUUACGUAAGACAUGAGAUCUUCAUAGCUACAGUCUCACAGCAUCUGUUGAAUUUAUGAGGGACAUUACAGUGACUGCACAGGCAGUCGAAAGCAUCUCAAAAGUCCUGCUCUUCACUUGCAAAAGAUAGCAGUCUCUCUCUGUCAGAGAGCAAGGGCAAGGGUACAGGCGUCUCUGUAAAUCUAUGACAUUUCUUUUCUGUGUACAUGAAGACAUUUAGUAAGUAAUUCCCCAAGUCCCCACACAUGCAGGUUAAUAUCAAUCACUUAGUUAAAGAGUUGGGGGGGGGGAAUUAACCAUAGACUGCUCCCCAAAAGCAACCAUAAAUUAAUCAAAGCCAGAGUGGUUUACAGAUACCCCCAAAGCAGCAAUGUGUGUGAGGACCUGAACAAUCCCUUUGCCGUGUGUAUUAUAGAGAAUUCAUUGGUGUGAACAGCACAACCGUUUCCUACUGGUGUAAACGCCAUGUCUGCAGAUUAAGAGUUGUUUUCAAAGGCUCCCUUCGGAACAUGUAACGGUUGGUUUGUGUCGCUGCGUCACACUUACACGCAAGGAAGCUCAGCUUUGCCUCUGUAGAUCUGUUGGUUUUAAACUGACUAUAAGACUAAAGCUAAAAUGCUCCUCUUCAGAGCUGAGGUCCAAACCGGUGUUUAAUCUUUGCAUCCUUUUGAAUGAUCCUUUAAGACUAAGUGGAAGCAUGUGGACUUUGAGUCUUUUCAACCGAGCCCUCUCUCAAACCAGAUACCCCCUAAUGUGCAGACACAUGAAUGAGCAGGCAAAUGGUUGGCCUGUCUUUGGGAAAAUGGAUUCACUAGACUUUUUUUUAAUAACCAAUUCCUCUGCAUAUGGGGGGAAUAAAGCAUUUUAAAGUUGUAUAUUGCCACUUUAAAUUGAGGGGGAAAAAUUUGAUGUAUUUGGAGUUGGUCUUAGCUCUCUAAAAGAGUCAAAGGUCACAGCUUCUCCCAACACUGUCCCAGCCACUUCUCGUAUGUAUAUAGUACAAACCGUGACAAACACUGCCUUUAUAUUAUUUAGCAAUAUGUUGUAAAUAGCAUUAUGAAGCUCUUUUUUUGUAAUAAAGACCCUAUGAUUUGAAUAUAGUACAAUAACUGAACUGAUAAAGUCAAUUUUUGAUUUUUUUUUUUUAGCUAGAGGCAAUUUCAAUUGUGCAUUUUUGUUAUUGUCUAUUGUUCUGAAGACUGCAUAAUUUAUUGGUUUAAUUUAUCCUAAUUUAUUUGAUGAAGGUGUACAAUUUUGUAUUACCAAGGAUGUACUGUAAUAUUAAUUGAUAGGAUUAAAAACAGUGAGACUCCCUGUCCAUAUUCAAAAGAAAACAAAACGGUGCCGUAGACAAUUGAUUUUAAAGUAAAAAGUAAAAACAAUUUAGUUUGGCAGCUACUAAAUUUUAAAACGAGGAAAAAAAAAACCUAAAGGACAAUGUUGUCGUGGGGGGGCGGGGCGGGUUUCCGUUGUGUGUUUUAAGCUUUUCUAUAUUCUCCGAACUUUGACCGUUUGCUUUGUACCACUAAAGGGUGCAGUAGUCCAACUGCCUUGUGUGCCUUCCAUCUUCUCCUAAACUGAAUGUAUGUGCAGUAUAUAUGCAAGCUUGUGCAAAAUAAAAUAUACAUU